UUGUCCUUUAACUAAUAAAACCAUAGGGGCAUAAAUCCAGUGCUAAAUGACGUGAUACAGCGAAAAUCCCUUCUCAUUUAAUGAAGCAUAAAAAAAAAAAAUCAUUAUGAAAGUCACACUUAUUGGUUCAUUCAAAUUUCCAAGCUACAUCUUGAGUUUAUAUUAAAUGCAAUAGAAAAAUUUAACUGAAUUAUACAGCAUGAGGAUAUCAGAAAAUGCAUGGCCACUCUGCAAUGUCAUUGAAUAAAUAUUGGAAUAUAUAUCAAAGUCUCAAAGCACAAGACUAAACCUGUAAACAAUGGCUACCCUUUUUUCAACACAUUCUUCUUUGCAUAACAUACUCAUGACAGUCACCAUGAUCAUCCUUCUAUCUUUUUCUAUGCCUUCUGCUUCUGCUUUUGCCAUAGCAGAGACGAACCAACGACCCUUUAAGAAGAUCUAUGCCUUUGGCGACUCUUUCACUGACACAGGUAACACGGACUCCCUUAGUGGUCCCAAUGGCUUUGUUCAUGUUUCCAACCCUCCCUAUGGCACCACCUUCUUUCAUCACCCCACCAACCGUUACUCCGAUGGACGGUUAGUCAUUGAUUUUGUGGCUCAAUCAUUGUUUUUGCCUUUCUUGCCACCUUACCGUAAGAGCAAAGGCAACACUACUUAUGGGGUGAACUUUGCUGUAGCAGGCUCAACAGCAAUAAAUCAUGCUUUCUUUGUUAAGAACAACCUUUCUCUUGAUAUCACCCUUGAAUCAAUCCAAACUCAAAUGAUUUGGUUUGACGAGUACUUGGAGAGUCAAGGUUGUAAAGGGCCUGAAUCAAGGCCUGAGUGCAAAGCAUCAUUUGAUGAUGCUUUAUUUUGGGUUGGUGAAAUUGGUCUCAAUGACUAUGCCUAUACUCUUGGAUCAACUGUAUCGGAUGACACUAUUCGGAAACUUGCUAUAUAUAGUUUCACUGAGUUUUUGCAGUCAUUGCUGAAGAAGGGUGCAAAAUAUGUUGUUGUCCAAUCUCUGCCUACGACAGGAUGCUUACCAUUGCCCAUGACACUGGCUUCUUCGGAGGACAGAGAUGGUAUUGGGUGUGUGAAGAGCGUGAACAACCAAAGCUACGCCCACAAUCUUGUGCUCCAAACUAAGUUGUCGGAUCUCAGGAAGCGGUUUCCCCAAGCCGUCAUUGUUUAUGCUGAUUAUUGGAAUGCUCAUCGAACGGUCAUGAAGAAUCCAGAGAAAUAUGGAUUCAAAGAGAGCUUCAAGGCAUGUUGUGGAACAGGUGAUCCUUACAACUUUGAUGUGUUUAAUACAUGCGGCAGUCCUUCUGUCACUGCCUGCUUAAAUCCUUCUCAAUACAUCAACUGGGAUGGAGUGCACCUCACUGAAGCUAUGUAUAAGGUGGUUGCUGACAUGUUUCUGGAUGGUAAUCUCAGUAAUCCUCCAUUCAAAUCCGUGCUGCAAAGAAAACAGCAGAAGCCAUGAGGGCACCAAACUCUUUUGUCUUUGGAAUUGCCUGAUACUACUUCUUGUUGAUUAUACAUUUACACUUCACUUGUGACUUGUGAGAUUAAUUCUCAGCCAGAAGCAUUUUCUUGAGAUCUCUUUUAACAUUUGCGAUACUAGAAACUUUGUCUGAUAUUUAUUUAUCAAUGCAUAUCUGGGGAUUACAAUAUGAUCUCUGUUGGAUUAUAACUAGGAAACUUAAGUUUGUAUCAGAAGUGGAGAAUCAAAAGAAAAUUGAGGAUUGACAUAAAAUGUAGGAAAUCGGAUACCUUUAACAUUGGAAG